UCAGGUUCAAGGGGAUUCCUUGCGAGAGGAUUUACGAGGUGCAAAUUGGUUUCAAACUUUUCCCGUUGGGAGUGUGGUUGUCAGAGAUGGAUUACAGGGAUGAGAUGAGCCACAUCUGUGUUGUCCUUGCUCUCAGUUGUCUUAUUCAAGUAGUGACCAGCUGCGAGAUGCAGACCGUGCUGACCGCUUUGGAGGAAUGUCGACAUGAGAGGGAGGAGCUUAACAGUAUCGCUACACGGCAUGACAGCAACCAUACCCAUAUAUGCUCUGUGUUCGAGGCGUUCUCGCAGUGUAUGGACCCAAGGGUAGGGGAGUGUCAAGGGGAAUCGACGGAAGCAUAUCGCAGACAGAAGGAGUAUUACACUGGACAGAGUUUCAACUGCACAGUGUUAUCAGCAGCGCCGACCAUCCAAGUAUCUCCCAUGGUUCUGAUGUUGCCGUUACUGACAGCCACAGUCUACAGCUUCCUGUGACCGUGUCAACCUCAACAGAUGCUAUAAAACAGAUACACCGUGAGAUACUGUAACAGAUACACCAUGAGAUACUGUAACAGAUACACCUACAGAUAUAGAAACAGAUACAGAAAACUAUACACGAAGAGAUGAAGUAACACAGACAACCUAAGAGAUGUAGAAACUAAUAAACCAGAGAUACACAGAUGAUGUAAUUCCAAUACACCAACAGAUAAACCAAGAGAUGCAGUAACAGAUAAAACAAUAGAUACAGUAACAGAUGAAAUAACAGAUGUUGUAACUCAGAUACAUGUAUAGAUACACUAUGAGAUGCAGUAACAGACACACUAAGACAAACCAAGAGAUGCAGUAACAGAUAAAACAAUAGAUACAGUAACAGAUGAAAUAACAGAUGUUGUAACUCAGAUACAUGUAUAGAUACACUAUGAGAUGCAGUAACAGACACACUAAGAUAAACCAAGAGAUGUAAUAACAGAUAAAACAACAGAUACAGUAACAGAUGAAAUAACAGAUGUUGUAACUCAGAUACACGUAUAGAUACACUAUGAGAUGCAGUAACAGACACACUAAGAUAAACCAAGAGAUGCAGUAACAGAUAUACCAACAGAUGUUGUUAUAGAAUCAGUAACAGAUACACCACCAAUUGCAAAGACAAAAUAAUCUCACAACAUGUAGCAUGUGACCCUCCAAGGACAAAUGGACUCUCAAAAGACACAGGAAUUGACCUCAACAGAUGCAUUAACACAGACACACUAAGAGAUGAAGUAACAGACACACCAGGAGAUGCUGUAACAGAUAGCAACAGGGAGAGACCCUCAAAAUAUGUCUUUUCACAACACAGGAACAAAGGACAAAUGACUGACAAGAUACAGAGAGUGACCUUUCUGUGACAAAGGGACUAACUCAAGAUAUGUGUGUGACAUCUGUGCCUGCAAUAUGGAUGUCACUGUAGAUACCUGGCUGCUAGAAGGAGGUUCAGUGCGGCAUGACACCAGAAAUAGCAGUAGUUGUAGAAGUUCUCAUAGUAGAAGUAGCAGUAGUAGCAGAAGUGGUAGUGGCAGAAUUAGAUCCUUAUCAAAUUCACACAAAGUCUGAAUGUCACAAGUUUUCCUUCAAUUUUGAUAUACAAUUAUGAAAAUCUAUAAUCUACUCAGUACUUAUUGAUCACAUGCACUCAGUUUCACAUGUUUCUUAUGUCAUUAACUGUUAAUACAUUUUACAAAUAUGCAGCAUUGUUGCUGUCUUCAACCACUGGUACAAACAAGCUCACAGUUAACACUGCAGUAUUUCCUGUGCAAUAUAUGCCAUAGCCUUGUUGACAACUAAUCCAUAUGAUGCAUCAACAAAAGGCAUAGGUAGGUUUCACAGAAGGUUCAUGCACUGAUUUGGGCCCACAGUGCAAAUGUGGGCCAAGAGCAUUGUACAUAUUCAUGGUGAAUGAAUGUUUAAGUUACAAUCAAACACUGUUUUUAAUUUUGAUAAGUUGAACUUCAAGUGAAAAUUUGUCUUUGCUUGUUCCUUAACUUGUCAUCAU